GAGGCAGCGCCGUCGCGUGCCCCCGGACCGCUCGCCAUGAAGCCCAACUUCUCUCUGCGACUGAGGAUCUUUAACCUCAAUUGUUGGGGCAUUCCCUACUUGAGCAAGCACCGGGGUGACCGCGUGAAGCGCCUGGGAGACUUUCUAAACAUGGAAAGCUUCGACCUAGCUCUCCUGGAAGAGGUGUGGAGUGAGCAGGACUUCCAGUACCUGAGACAGAAGCUGUUGCCUACCUACCCUGCCGCACACUACUUCAGGAGUGGCGUCAUUGGCAGUGGCCUCUGCGUCUUCUCCAAACAUCCAAUUCAGGAAUUCACCCAGCACGUCUACACCCUCAAUGGGUACCCCUACAUGAUCCAUCAUGGAGACUGGUUCUGUGGGAAGGCUGUGGGUCUGCUGGUGCUUCAUCUAAGUGGAUUGGUACUCAAUGCCUACGUGACCCAUCUCCAUGCCGAGUACAAUCGACAGAAGGACAUCUACCUAGCACAUCGUGUGGCCCAAGCUUGGGAACUGGCCCAGUUCAUCCAGUGUGUGAGCCUGGGCUUGACAGGGGAAGUGGGAUGGGGUCAGGGGUUGAGGGGUGGCCAGGGCCCCACUUCUAGGUGGGCACAGCUGGUCAGGAGAGAACUCCUGCCUCACCAACCUGGUUCCCCCAGCCACACAUCCAAGAAGGCCGAUGUGGUUCUAUUGUGUGGGGACCUUAACUUGCACCCGAAGGACCUGGGCUGCCGCCUGCUGAAGGAGUGGACAGGGCUGCAUGAUGCCUACCUUGAGACCCGGGACUUCAAGGGCUCUGAAGAAGGCUGUACGAUGGUACCUGAGAACUGCUACGUUAAUCAGAGGGAGUUACAGUCAUUUCCCUUUGGCAUCCGCAUUGACUAUGUGCUAUAUAAGGCAGUUUCUGGGUUCUACAUCUCCUGUAAGACUCUGAGAACCACUACUGGCCGUGAUCCUCACAGUGGCACCCCCCUCUCUGAUCAUGAGGCCCUGAUGGCUACUCUCUGUGUGAGACACAGCCCCCCCCAGCACACCCCCAGCCCUACUCAUGGACCAGCAGAAAGGUCACAGUUGAUCAGUGUGUUAAAGGAGGCCUGGGCAGAGCUGGACCUUGGCAUGGCUCAAGCUCGCUGGUGGGGCACCUUCGCCGGCUACGUGAUUGGUCUAGGGCUGCUCCUUCUGGCAUUGCUGUGUGCUCUGGCAGCCGGGGGAGGGGUCAGGGAGGUUGCCAUAAUGCUCUGGACUCCCAGUGUAGGACUGCUGUUGGGGGCAGGUGCAGUCUACCUCUUCCACGUGCAGGAGGCCAAGGGCUUAUCUAGGGCCCGGGCUGAGCUCCAGCAUAUGCUGGGAAGGGCAAGGGAGGCCCACGACCUGGACCCAGAGUCUCAGGCAGCCCUGUUCCUGGGACAGCAGGAGGGGGACAGAUCUGAGGAACAAUAAAGCUUGACACUUUUGUG